CUACGGGUCCCGGUGAUCGGAAGGAUCGUUCGAAGUCACUCCUCAUUUGCACGCCCCUUCGUCCGCUUUGCCUCCUCCCCUUCCCGAUCCAUUCGACUCCUGCUCGUUUGUUGGUUUGAACGGGGCAGCGGGCGGAAGACCUAGACGACGAGGAAGAGGACGACGACGAGAGACGAGCUGGUCGACCCCUGCUCCGUCGCUGACCGAUGGCAGAAAUGGCGCAGAAGCUGCAGCAGCAACUCAAGGAGGUGGGAUCGAAACUGGAGAGCCCUCCAGCGUCCAAAGACGCGCUAAUUAAGCUACUCAAGCAAGCUGCAAAUUGUCUGUCUGAGUUAGAGCAGUCACCGUCACCUUCUGUCUCAGACUCAAUGCAAUCUUGUGUAAAUGCAUUUGCCCAAAAAGACCUGUUGACGCAUCAAGAUCGUGAUGUCAAAGUUCUUGUAGCAACCUGUGUUUGUGAAAUCACCAGAAUAACUGCACCAGACGCUCCAUAUAGUGAUGAUGUUCUAAGGGAUAUAUUUCAUUUGAUUGUUGGUACCUUUGCUGGAUUGGGUGAUAUUGACAGCCCUUCUUAUGAGAGAAGGGUUGUUAUCCUUGAGACCGUUGCCAAAUACAGGUCAUGUGUUGUGAUGUUGGAUCUUGAAUGUAAUGAUCUCAUACAGGAAAUGUUCAGAACAUUUGUUUCAGUCAUCAGUGACGAUCAUCCCCAAAACAUCUUUACGUCAAUGCAAACUAUCAUGAUCCUUAUUCUAGAUGAGAGUGAGGAAUUACAGGAAAAUCUUAUUUUAAUCCUGCUUUCAGUGUUGGGCUGUAAAGUAAAUGGUUCCUCUAUGGCUGCACGGAGGCUUGCUAUGAAUGUUAUAGAACGUUGUGCAGGAAAACUUGAACCAUUCAUAAAGCAGUUUCUUGUAUCUUCACUGUCAGGCGAUGGUAGUUAUUUAAAUUAUUCAAUUGAUCAUCAUGAAGUUAUAUAUGACUUGUACCAGUGCGCACCACAAAUUCUUGCAAGAAUAAUUCCUUACAUAACUGGCGAAUUGUUGACAGAUAAGCUAGACAUUCGACUUAAAGCAGUUCAGCUCUUGGGGAAAUUAUUUUCUUUACCUGAGGUACCUGUAUCUGAAGCUUUUCAGUCAGUCUUUGAUGAAUUCCUAAAGAGAUUGACUGACAGAGUAGUUGAAGUCCGUCUAUCUGUCAUUGAUCAUUUGAAGAAUUGCCUGGUUACUAAUCCUGAACGUCCUGAGGCUCCUCUGAUUAUAAAAGCACUUUCUGACAGAGUGUUGGAUUAUGAUGAGAAAGUUCGAAAAAAAGUUGUUGCUGCAGUUUAUGAUGUGGCUUGUCAUUCUUUCAAAGUAAUUCCAAUGGAGAUAGCUAGUUUUGUGGCUGAGCGUCUGCGAGAUAAAUCUUUGACUGUAAAGAAGUAUACAAUGGAGAGGCUUGUUGAUCUACAUCAAUUGUAUUGCUUGAAGAGCUCUGAUGGUUCAACAAAUUUGGAUGAUUGCAAAUGGAUACCAGGGAAGAUAUUGAAAUGUGGCCAAUUAUUUUACUUCUAA